UGAAAUAAACCAAAAAAGCCCCCAAUUUCCAUAAACAGCUCGUCGUCACCACAGACUCCAGCGAAGGCUUCUCAAAGCCAAAACCACCAAAUCAGACUUGGAAGGCUGCUUUCUCUCAAUUCUCCGGUCUUAAAAGGCUUUAGAGAUUCUCAAAGAAGUUCAGCCAAAUAACAGAGUAAUUUGAGCCUGAGUGAACAAUUUGCUGGAAUCUAUUGGAAGGACUUUGGCCUCGGUGCAAAUACUUUCCCGCUUUCAAUUUCCAAAAAUGGACGAAAUGACAGGAUAUGCCCGAGGUAGAGGUCGGCGAGGUGGAAAGGGCCGUGGAUGUGGUAAUGUUGAAGGAAUAAGUGAUAAUUUUGCAGUGGUGUCAUCCGUAGAUAUUAAUCCAUCACAGAGACCUACUCUUGAUCAAGCAUCUCAGCCACAAGCACAACCAAUAGGGAUUCCUGAAGAAGUGAUAGGAUUUGCACGAGGUAGAGGUCGGCGAGGUAGAAAGAGCCGUGGACGUGGUAAUGUUGAAGGAAUACGUGAUGAUUUUGUGGUCGUGUCAUCCGUGAAUAUUAAUCUACCACAGGGACCUACGAUUGAUCAAGCAUCUCAACCACAAGCACAGCCAACAAGGAUUCCUGAAGCAAGUCAGCGGACUUCUCUAGAAUUGAGGAGCCCUGAAACAAGUCAAGGACCGUCUUCAGGGUCAGAAUUCUCAAGGAAUCUGGAAGGGAGUGUACAUCCUUCUUCAGAAAAUUUAAAUAGCGGUGCAGUUUCUUUCAGCAAUACUAAGAAAGGCAGGGGAAAAUAUAGAUCCGUACACGUGGAUAUGAAAACUCAGUGUGGUAGCAAAAUCACAGUUUACAUUCCGGAUGACAUCGAUAGAGCUGUGGGUCCCGGGGCUAGGGAUAUUGUUAAUUAUUGUGGCUUGAUCAUGAGGAGCACUAUCUCGUUCAGAGAUGGUGAGUGGGCAAAAAUUUUUGCAAAGCAUGGACAAACGAUGUGGCUGAAGGUUCAGGAGAAAUUUGAAGUUGGUGGCGGUAGGGGAGAGCAUGUGUUGCAAGGUUUUGUAGCCAGCACUAUGCAAAGGCUUUUUAGAACGUGGAAGACUCGGUUGCAUGCUGAAUACUUACGUUAUAAUACUGAUGAGGAGAGACUGUCCCAUCCGCCAAAAGAUGUUAUGCCUGAGGAUUGGGAAUUUCUGGUACAAUAUUUUGGAAGUCCGACAUUCAAGGCUGUAAGCGAGAGAAACAAAACAAACAGGAAAAAGCAAACAACUAAGCAUUCAUGUGGCUCAAAGUCUUUUGCAGAAGUAGAGGAAUCUACGAGGGAUCCUCUGACUGGAGAGAAGGCACCGCCAGAUCGUGUCUGGGAGCUCCAACAUACGCGUAAGAAUGAUAAAGGAGAACUGCUGUGGUCAGAUCCACGAUCUCAACAAAUUCAUGACCAGAUCCAGGAACUUGUGGGUCAGCAAGAAUAUGAAGAAAACGACAGUCCAAUGAAUGGAGAUGAGAUUUUAGCCAUUGUACUUGGCGAGAGAACAGGCUAUGUUCGUGGAAAAGGUUAUGGAAAAAAGCCUCCCAAAAAGAGCUGCAUGCAACAGGCAGACUUGGGGUCUAGCCUGUCUUCUGCAAUAGAAAGUGUGCGUCAUGAGAUGCAAGCUGACAUGGAGCGAAAGUUGCAAGAAGAACGUGAACAAAUGCGAGCUGAAAUGGACAAAAGGUUUCAAGAGCAGAUGGAAGAGGAGCGUAAACAAAUGCGAUUAGAAAUGGACAAAAGGAUCCAAGAUAAGAUGGAGAUGGCUGCUCUAAUGGUCAGAAUGCAACAGGGUCAAGGUUCUUCAACUGCCCGUGUUAUCCAAGGGAAAAAGCAAAGAAGCACGGAAGCCAGUUGGGGCGUUAAGCGCAAGCGUAAGUAAAGCAUGGAUCUAGCUCUCAUUGCUAGAUCUCUUUUGUUUCCUUUUUGUUGGUGUAAUUUUUCCCUUGUAAAUUCCCCUGAGCAAUUUUUGGAUUUUGUUGGCUCCUUGUAUCUACCUUAGCAAACUUGUAUCGGAGAUGAAACUAUCUUUAUGUAGUGAUCAUCUUUUGUUCUUUUUGCAUGUGCUUGAUGCCAUUAAUGAAAGUACGUACUUCGUCAUUUUGUUA